AUGUCAACUCUCACGGAACAUUUAUGUCUGUUUCAGAUAUGUCGCGAAGAAUUCAUCGCCCUUCACAGCGAACCAAUUUUGCACAACUUCGCAGAGUAUUUGCGGCAAAAGUUUGCUUACACCCCCGAUGAAAUAUCCCAAAUGAGCUGUGAACUCAAAAGAUCCAAGGCACUAUCCUUCAACGCACUCCUGGAUCGUGUUCCGAAAGCUGGCACCUUCGAUUUGAACGAGGUCCGCAAUUCAACUUACUUCUUCAGCUGAUCCCAGGAUUUUGCGCCACGCGUUCCUUCGGGUACUCGGAUUCCUUACGACCGUCCCGUGUGACUUCAUCUCUCCCGAUUAUCUGCC